UUCUUCUUCUUCAUCUUCUUCAUCUCCAGACAGCAGAAGGAUGCUUUGUGUGUGUGUUUUCCUGCUGCUGACCCUGAGCAGGCUGAGCCACGGCUCCCUGCAGGACAAGCAGACCGACUUCGGACUGAAGGUGUUCUCCCAGCUGGCGCGGGGCUCGGCGGACCGGAACGUGGUUCUCUCUCCGUACGGCGUGGCGUCCGUCCUGGCCAUGGCGCAGCUCGGGGCUGAUGGGAAGACGCGGAAAGCCUUGACGGCCGCCAUGGGCUUUUCUCUGCAAGAGCGAGGCAUGCCCCGGCAGCAGCGCCUCCUGCAGCGGGACCUGUCCAGCGAGCAGGGGGUGGAGAUGGCCAGCGGGGUGAUGGUGGAGAGGAAGAUGAGCCUGGAGAAGAGCUUCCGCCGGACCCUGGCCAAGGCCUUCCAGGCCCACCCCCACCAGGUGGACUUCACCAGGCCGGACCAGGCCGUGCACGUCAUCAACGCCUGGGUGUCGGACCACACCGCAGGAGCCGUCCCGGAGUUUCUGGCUGCAGGGUCUCUGUCUGACGAGACCCGCCUGGUCCUGCUGAACGCGCUGCACUUCCAGGGCGUCUGGAAGGUUCCCUUCGACCCCAAGCUGACCCAGGAGCGGAUGUUCCACUGCGCCAACGGCAGCACCGUGCCCGUGCACAUGAUGCGUCUCACCAACCGCUUCAACUACGGCGAGUUCGUGACCGCCGACGGCGUGGACUACGACGUCCUGGAGGUGCCGUACGAGGGCGACUCGCUCAGCAUGUUCCUGGUGUCCCCGUUCGAACCCGAGGUGCCUCUGAGCGCGCUGAGCGAGCACCUGAGCAGCCGGCUGAUUGGGCAGUGGAGGGCGGAGCUGAGGAGCGUGAAGAGACAGCUGGCGCUGCCCAGGUUCACUCUGAACACGGAGGUGGAUUUGAAGACGACGCUGAUCAACAUGGGGCUGGGAGACAUAUUCAACCUCACGGCCGACUUCACCCGCAUCACCACUGACGAGAGGCUGUGUGUGUCCAAGAUCCUGCAGGGUGUGAAGCUGGAAGUGAACGAGCAAGGCACCAGAGGAGCAGCAGCAACAGCUGCCGUCAUGUUUUCCCGGAUGGCGGUGGAGGAGAUCACCCUGGACAGGCCCUUCCUCUUCCUCAUCCAGCACAAGCACACAGGUGCAGUCCUGUUCAGCGGGCAGUUCAACCAGCCCCGCCAACAGUAGCCGUCUGAAGGCCGCUCCGCUCCACUGUGUGACUACUGCUGCUCAAACCAACACCUCCAUCACCAGAGGCCUGGAGGAGGGACGGCGUUGGUGG